CUGUCGAAUGUCUUGCAUCGACGACAAUGCCGAUGGUGCCAGACUCUGUUGAACCCUCCGAUUUGCUCAUUCUUCUGCUUUUCCCUUUGUGUUUCUAUUACCAACCUCAUACCCAACUACAAGAAAGGCUGGGCAUCACUUCCGUUGGUUCGUGGAAACACUGACUUGGAUCAUUUUAAACAAAACGCUAUCGACAAGCUGUUCUGCUCCAACGUACCCUCGUCAUGUUCUUAGUGCGCUCUCAAGUCCUUCCUCCCUUCAUGGUACAGGGCAACGCAAUGGACAUCAAUGUCUGCUGCGAUCCCAAAAAGCCAACACCUUCGAUGGACCAGCGUCACGGUUCAAAGACAGUGCCCACCUUUUCUUUGACGGACUACUCAAGUAGCAAACCACUUUCUCUGCCUUGUGCGACUGACACUGUCACCGGCAAGCUAGGAGGCUUCCGUUCGGACAUGUCUCCGCGCCCCCCGUCCUUUUCGCUUCAAGGUUUUCAAGUCAUUCUCCCACGCCUGCGCGAACUGGACAUAUUACCUCCAGCUGCACUGUCAAACUCAACAACCUACUCACUUGAUCCCAUCGGAUCUUGUGAAAGCCUUCCCAGAUCCGCCACGCUCUCCUCCGAGACUCGAAGAUCCAUGCCACUGACGACGUACGAAUACUACCACAGUCUUCCUCUCCCUAAGGCGACCCCGCAAUACCAGCAUGGGCCCCAAGACUUGUCCUUGGUCGUCGGAAGCUGUCUUCCUGGCUGGCUUCCGGUAAGCUUCCACACUGGCGCAACGACCUCGCGCCGGCCCCGCCGCUCAACGAGCCGCCCCCACUGCAACGUCAGGUAUACCCCGGAACAAGUAGAGUGCAUUGACUACCUCCGCGACGACUGCGGUCUAUCAUGGAGAGAAGUUGCGGAAAAGUACGCUUCCAUCUUCCCUGGUGACGCCGAGCAAGGACAUAAACGUGGAGCCCAAGGUCUCCAAGGCGUAUAUUACCGCAAAAACAGGCAGAUGUCCAUCCAUGCUCACAAGAGACAAUGUGAGAGCGUUGGUAUGAGUCUUAUACCCUUGGGUAACCACAACAGGACCGAUGCUGAUGACACCGAGGACGCAGGCCGUGCAAGACAAUGGCAGCAUGAAGCAACAGCCCAUCAGAAGAAAUGCAAGCAAGCCCCGAACGACAGCCGUGACUAGGUCUAUUACUGUCCAUGUCCUUGCGUCAAAACUCCCUGUUUGCUUGGUUUAAGACAUAGAACAUGUCCGUAGUCAUACGCAAAUCAAAACUGAACAUUCCCUCUCUCAAA